AUGGCGUCGUCGUCGAGCAGUGAAGAAUAUGGGGCUCGACGUCCCAAUCGACUGGUUCGUCAUGACUCGUCUUUUUUAGGCACCAUCAAGCACAUCGUAACCGCUCCUCUCAAUUGGUUUUCCACUCAAGAUGAGGACGAUGCGCCGGACAGCUGGGGGAAACGUCGACGAGCGGAUCCCUCGGUCAGCCCGCCCGCCAACGAUGAGGACACCCUUUCCCAUCGCUCGAAGCGUUUGCGGUUACACAGUCCCCCUCAGGCCCAGCCUCCUGCUCGUAGAUCCUCUGUCGUUCCUCGCGCCGCGUCAGCGGUUCUACCUUCUUCCCGUGCCACCCUUUCCCCUCGUCGCCCAGGUGCUAUUGCUCGUACAAUGUCCAUAGACCCUCCUCGCCGCGACGCUGCCUUUAAUUUUGCUCAGGACCCUCUCGAUGAUAUGGAUAUGCUUGUAGAUAGGAACUCGCGGCCUCCUUCUCCCCGGCCUUCUUUCCGGAUGCGUGCAUCUCUGACACCUCAGCCUCAACAACCUCCCCCGCGCUAUAUCUCAGAGCCUCCACCUCUCAAUAACCUCGUGUCGAAUCCCACAUUUCUCCGUCCUCCGUCAUCGGCGUCGCACGAACCAUCACCUGGCCCAACCUUGGGUACCAUCGUAGAGUCCGCCCGCGCGACUAAAUCUCCCACUCGUCAUCAGCAUAGCGCGUUACAUAUCUCUUCGACUGUUCCUGAAGAUGAGGAGGAUAAGGAUGCCCCAGCAGAACGUGUGCUUCAAAGGCUCGAUCUUUACAAAACGCCUCUGGUACCCACUCGACUGCGUUCAUCGAAAAUACCAGCUUCGGUAGCUGCUACUAGGACCCCAGAAAUGUUCAAGUCUCGCCGUUCGGGAACUCUCGUUCUUAUGCAAGAUGAUAGGGACCGCAGUGGCAGAAGAAUAAGCGGAACUGGGAAAAGUCCACUGGUUAAUGAGACAAAGCCAUAUGCUGGUGAGGGUGGAAUGAAGAAGUUGCUUGCUCGUCGUAAACAGGAGGAAGAAGAAGACAAUAAUCAGAACGAAGGGGGCGAAGAUGAAUCCAUUCCCCGUGCACGCCAUCCCUCUCCUUCGCCCUCUGUCCCUGUUAAUGUGCCUCCAGUUCCGAAAGAUUCUGACUGGUUCUCCACUGCUGCUACUUCAGGCAAUUCAGGCUCUUCUCUUCGUGUCGGCCGUGCCAAAACGUCUCGCAACCACAUCCAGCGACCGUCGAAAACUAGGUUCUCGGCAGUGUAUGACGAGGAAGCAGAUGAUGGCAAUGACGAUGACAAUCAGAAAGAUCGUCAAAUGCUUGAAGAAGCUGCUAAGAAAGUCCCUGUUUUCGACAUACCAGCUGGAUUCUCUUUUAUUAAGCCGGCGUCCUCAAUCCCAACGGAAGGUCUGGAAAGCGCCAAAGAACCCCCAAUUACGUCUUUGCCUUUCUCAUUUUCCAAACCAUCGACCGCACCACCGCCGCCAGCUGCCAGCGCGCAAACAGAGGUUCAAACAGGACCUACCCCUCCUCCUGUAUCCAACCCUAAACCAGAUGUGGUGAAGCCUGCCCUCCCACCAGUGCCAGUCACCGCCAGUGGCAUUCCCAAUUUCUUCGCUAGUUCUUCAGUUUUAGCCAAGGCAAAAGAGACACCUCCGCCCACGCCUAUCCCGAACCUCAGCUUUACCCCCAGUACACCACCUUCCGGUUUGUUUUCAUUCACUCCAGGCCCUUCGAACAAAAGCGAACCUGUGAAAGAUGCUGAGAAUCCAUUCUGGGAUGGGGACAAGAAAAAGGCCGACGAGCCCAAAAGUAAUCUGUUUGAUGGCUUCGGGAAGCGCUCCGACGUCGAACCGGUUAAACCCGGCUCGACGUCUAUCUUUGGAGCAUCCACCUCCGUAUUCCCAACAUUACCAAAGGCAACCACAGAUUCAACAACCAGUUUACCGUUUUCUUUUGCCAAAUCUGAUGCUCCAAAAUCAACUGCUACACCAUCUCCGUUUGGCUCGAAUCCGCCCCCUGAGCCUCUCAAAUCGGCAUUCACACUAGGAGCGCCUUCUGAAUCCAAGCCUCAAGCAGAGUCGUCUACACCCAAGCCUCUGUUUGGUACAUCGACUACGCCUUCGCUGUUUGGAGAGACGCCCAAAGCUGCUUCUACUGGCACCUUUGGAGAGCAGCCCAAAUUUCCCAGUGCUGCACCAGCACAGUCUACUUCUACUCCAUUUAACUUUGGGGCACCUGUAGUUUCGACGCCAACAGUGGCUCCUACCCCUCCUCCCCAGCCUUCAAUUUUUGGAACGGCCGUGGAUCCCAAACCCGAAGUUCAAGCACCUAAAGCUCUAUUUGGUGGCGAUAAUUCUACUGGGUUCGCAUUCGGACAAGUAGGUGCACAGGAAAAACCGGCGGAGGCAAAAUCGACGCCAUUUUCCUUUGGACAACCAGCUGUACCGGAAAAGUCUGAGGUUAAGUCAACACCUUUUUCAUUUGGACAGCCAAUUGCACAAGAGAAACCGGCGGAGGUGAAGUCGACACCUUUCUCGUUUGGACCCUCAACAGCCCAGGAGAAACCUACUGAGGCGAAGCCAGCAUCUUUUUCGUUCGGGGUACCAGCCACCACAACCACUGAGACCAAACCUGCUUCACUAUUUUCUUUCGGUCAGUCUGCGACCUCUGCAACACCUGCAGCACCAGUUGCGACACCUGCCCAGCCCAUUAGCUUCAGCUUCAGUGGUGGAGGUAGCACUUCUGCAGAUGUUUCUAAUAAACCGUUGUUCAUGUUUGGCCAGCCUAGCAGUUCGGCCCCCACGGCGCGCCCUGUCACACCUCCCAAGAAUAAUGAUGCAGAGUUUAGAAUGGAAGAGAGUCCUACGAGAGAUUUGCAGCAGGUAAAUGGCAAUAAAACCGCAGCAACUUUGAAUGGCGCAUUUUCUUUCGGUACAAGCGGCUCUUCUACUCUUGGUGGUCCGUUGUUCAGUGGCAUUCAAAAUGCAACAUCUACUACUCCUGCUUCUACUCCUUUCGGUGGGUUUGGGUCGACUUCGUCAGGCCAAUCCUCGAAUCCGUUUGGAGUAAAAGACAGUAAACCAGAAGAACCUAAAGGAUUCAAUGGCUUUGGACAAACUGCGGCACCUCCUAUAAACACUUCUUUCAGUUUUGGGCAACCAAAACCCGCAGAAGAUCAACGGCCCACAUCUGGUGGUGGUUUUAGUUUUGGUGCAGCAACAUCCCCUGCAGCAGCAACGCCUAAUCAGGCAUUUGCCUUUGGUGCCCCCACUUCGACCAAUCCCUUUGGACAACCUAGCACGGCAUCGGCUCCAAGCAGUCCGUCUACUUUUAACCAGCCAUCCCCAUUCGCCUUUGGUGCUCCUGCGGCUGCCCCCGCAACGAAUGCCCCUUUCAGCUUUGGAUCGCAACCUGCAUCUCCUGCUGGAGGGGCAAACCUGAGUCUUCCCCAAUCCUCAGGGGGAUUUGGAGGUGCAGGGUUCGGACAACCACAGCAACCAUCGUCUCCCUUCAGUGCACCAAUUGCUCUUACACCUUCUACCUCUGGUGGAGCCCCUGGAGGUUCGUUAUUUACUAUUGGUGCAGCACCUGCGGCACCACCUACCGGUGGUCCUCGCCAGAUCAAGAAGUUACCCACUCGCCGAACUACAACCAAACGGUAG